AUGCAUGAUCAACUAAAGAAGGUUGAAAAUGAGGUUAAUGAACUAACUGUUGAGCCAAAGGAAUCAGUGACGAAUACAGUGGAGGAGCCAGCCGCUGCCGAGUCGGAUACAGAGGGGGAUGCAACCAAGACCAAAAAGAAGAAGAAGAAGAGAUCUAAGAAGAAAAAUAACAAUAUCAAGGACAUCACGACGUUUUAUCCCGAUGGAGUAUACCCCGAAGGUGAAUGGCUAAACUACGGUCAGGACUUUAACUUGGCACGUACCACUGAUGAGGAGCAGAGAUACUUGAAGAGAAGUAAGGAAAAUGAGCAACACUGGAAUGAUGUGAGGAAGGGUGCUGAGAUCCAUCGUCGUGUUAGACACAAUGUUCAGAACAAACUUCAGCCGGGAAUGUCUUUAACAGACAUCGCCAACAUCAUCGAGAAUGCAACGAGGAAGUUUACAGGUGCAGAGGAUUUGAAUACGAUGGAGAAUCCGACUAGUCAGGGGAUUGGUUUCCCAACGGGUCUCUCAUUGAACCACUGUGCGGCUCAUUUUACACCUAACGCGGGGGACACAACUAUUCUAAGACGUGAAGACGUUAUGAAGGUUGAUAUCGGUGUGCAAGUUAAUGGUAACAUCGUUGACUCGGCCUGGACGGUAACUUUCGACCACCAGUACGACAAUUUGCUUACUGCGGUCAGAGAGGCCACGUACACUGGUAUUCGUGAGUCUGGUAUCGAUGUAAGACUCACUGACAUCGGUGAAGCGAUCCAAGAAGUCAUGGAAUCCUACGAAGUAGAGAUAAAUGGCAAAACCUACGCUGUCAAGCCCUGUAGGAAUUUAUGCGGUCACAAUAUCGGCCCCUACAGGAUCCACGGUGGUAAAUCUGUGCCCAUUGUCAAGAACGGCGACAACACCAAGAUGGAAGAAGGUGAGCACUUCGCCAUCGAAACUUUCGGUACCACCGGUCGUGGUUACGUGGUACCGGGAGGCGAAGUCUCGCAUUACGCUAAGAACACUGACUCGUCUGCGAUCCCAUCGCUCACAAAAGCCAAGCAAUUGCUCCAUACGAUUGACAGAAAUUUUGGCACACUACCAUUCUGUCGCAGAUAUCUCGACAGGCUCGGAGAAGACAAGUACUUGUUUGCAUUGAACAAUCUAGUGAAGCAGGGAAUUGUUCAGGACUAUCCGCCGCUAAACGACGUGCACGGCUCCUACACAGCGCAAUUCGAACACACCAUACUACUGCAUCCGCAUAAGAUGGAAGUGGUCUCCAAGGGUGACGACUAUUAG